GUUCAUAUUACAAUACAAUAUUCUACCUUCGUGUUUUCGAGCCUCUUUUAGCCACUUUUCCAAACGAAUUUCGUGCUAUUUGUCCACUUUUUGGCUACGCAGUUAUGAAUGAAUGAGCUCUGCUGCGCAUGCGCUAAAAAUCCCUUUAAGUUUAUAAACAAGGCCUCCACGAUGGCCUCCACGCUAGAGAGUCACAUGACCAGUCUCACAGAGAGAGAGACUGGAGUCGAUCACAGACAAAGGAUUCACUCAAGACUGCCUACCUUUUUCUAUUUUACUGAUGCAAUGCAUGACAUGUCUUGAGAUGACACUUGCUGACGUGGCAGAACAUGAUGAUGGAAGCUGAGUAAACUGGCCUGCAGUCUGUUGAGUAUAGAGGAAACACGAGGAACGUUGUGAGAAUCAAUGGACGAGUCGUUUGAUCCACUCAAGUGUAACGAGGACAACCUGCCUUCCUCACCUGGGUGCCACAUGGACUAUGAUGACAUGCCAGAGCUGCAGGAGGUGGAGGAGGACCAGAGGUCUCCAGGGUUAUUUCAGGUUGGAGCGGGAGUGUCUCACCAGGAGCUCAGCUGCUCCCCCAGAACCAACUGGCUCACUGAGCUGGCCAACAUUGCCACCAGUCCUCAGAGCUCCCUGCUGAAGAGCGCCCCACAUAAGAGGUCAUCUCCAGUCCAUAUCUUCGGCAAUAGUUUACAUUCUUACGCCCGCCCCCCAUUAGCCAGCAGCGCACCCAACCCGUCCAGAGGCCACCUCAGGGAACGCAGGCGUGUCAGGGCCAGCAGUGAAUCGGAGUCUGGAGUUUUCUCAAUGUCCUCGUCUUUUUCUGAUGACGAAGACAUGGCCUGGUCUCACACCUGGCCCACCACUGCCUGGCAUUGCUUCCUUAAAGGAACUCGCCUGCGCUUCCAUCGAGGUCCUAAUGUGGAGUGGCAGGAAGCUGAUGAACUCGGAGAUUCUGAUGAUGACUCAGAUGAUGAAACCAUGAUGCCAUCCUCCUCCUCUUUUAAGAGAUACGGUUCAGAGGGGCUGAAGUUGGUGAGCCAUGAAGAGACAGUAUCUUUUGGCCAGGCUGUUCUUAAACUGACGUUUGACCCCGGCUCACCUGAUGAUAGCCUUUUAACAGCCGAAUGCCGAUUGGAUCACCCAUUUUUUGUCAAAAAUAAAGGGUGGUCUUCCUUUUAUCCGAGCCUUACUGUGGUGCACCAUGGGAUCCCUUGCUAUGAGAUGCAUUUGGACAAUGUGUGCCUGCCACCAAACCACCCAGAAGCCAUUAACUGUGAUGACUCUGUUGUCUUUGACACUUUCAGAAGUUAUGACUUCACCCCACUAGACUCCUCUGCAGUCUAUGUUCUCAGCAGCAUGGCUCGUCAGCGCAAGACCUCUCUGUCUAGUGGGGGUGCUGUCAGUCCAGACUGUGAUAAACUUGAGCGCUCCAGCUCCCCACAAUCCUCGACCGGCAAAUCAAACAGGAGCCACACCUCAGGGACAGCCACUGUUGCCACGCCUACAAAAUGCAAGCGGCCAAUGAAUGCCUUCAUGCUCUUCGCCAAGAAGUACAGAGUGGAGUACACACAGAUGUAUCCUGGGAAGGACAACAGAGCCAUUAGUGUCAUCCUGGGUGACAAGUGGAAGAAGAUGAAGAAUGAGGAGAGGAGGAUGUACACCAUGGAGGCCAAGGCUCUGGCUGAGGAGCAGAAACGAAUCAAUCCAGACUGCUGGAAACGUAAAAGAACCAACUCAGGUUCCCAGCAGACCUAGAUAAUCCCCCAGAAUCCUCAGAAGCUGCUGGCGUUUUGACACAGAGAGGUGCUGGACAGAGUCUGAUGGACUGCUUGAUGCCUCCUUCGCUCUCCUGUAUUCUUGAGACUCAACUGUGAUGCUGAAUUCACUUGCUUUUUGUAACCUUGAAACGUUAUUAGAGACGAACCAGAAUUAUGAACUAUAAACAAAAUAUGUAAUCUAUUCACUAACAGUGCAUAUAUUUUCUUAUAUCUUUAAUGUCAAAGACGUCUUAUUCCCCUGAAAUAAGAAUGAACCUUCUCAUUUAUUUCAGGUUAUUUCAUAUUCAAGGUUGAACAGCAUGUGGUGCUAUGCGUCAGUGUAGAAGGAGCAGUAAAACAACAUCUGUAUUUAUAAUUGUAAAAAUGGGAAUUUUAGCUAACUUUUUCACAACUGUUCAAAUUGAUUAUAUUUGUAAGAUUCAACAUACUGCACAGAUUGGUAACCCUUUCAUACAUUUUGUAAUACAGUAUAUAUUCUGCAGCUGAACUAUUGCCAACAGUUUGUGAUGCUGCCCCGCCAAGUUUUAAGGUUUUUGCCCAACCACCCAGCCAUAUGACGAGAGGGCUUUCAGCAUGUGGUGGUGGGUUUACACUCAGUCACAAAGCACUUCAGGCUUUUGCUCUAAGUGUUUGUUUCUUUUUUGCACUUUAUAUAAAUAUGUAAUCUCCUAUACAGCCAUUUAUAUACUGGUGGAAACCAUUUGUAUAAUACAACUAGUAUCUUGACAGUUAGCCGUUUGACACAAUCAUGGCCCAGUAGCCGUGCUCUGCUUUCAGGUUGCUCUUGAUUUUUAAGUGCUUUGUUCAUAAUGUACAGGUUUCACAGCCCCAACAACCUCUUGCACAAAAUAUCCUUGUAUCAUAUUAUAAAUAUUUUUUUUUUUUUAAAACUUGCAUCUUAUCAAAGUGUUUGGCUCUUUUUCAUAAACUGUAAUCACAACCUGUGGGGAUGCUUGGCUUUGUGUUUGAAUACAUGUUAAAAUGUU